GGGAUUGUACCUUUAACAUUUAACCUUUACAUUUCAAAUAGACGGGCCGUCCUUGAUAACCUCUCACCUAGUAGCUACUGGUUUCUAGAAAGGAUAGAAAUUCAUUAAACUCCUGCUACGCUGCCGAUACUUUACUUAUUUCGCUCGUCUAUCGAGUCCUUGAUCGAUAUCCCCUAAGGACAAGGGCCGUGCAAAGUUCCACAGCAGGUAUGGAAGAACCGGCGAACUUCUUUAGUAGAGACAUCCAGGAUGGCGGAAAAGAUGGAAAUCGACCAUUUGAUAGCCCGUAUAUGAAGGAUUCAAGCAAUUAUUACCUAGAUGCCUCACCUGGUGCCAACCUAGACCACCCCUCUAUUGAUCCGCUGUCAGCCCAAACUCAUCAAUUAAAUCAGUUACCGAUGGAUUCGAUUUACGUCCAGCCUUCGAGAAAAACGGCAAAUCGUCGUGCAAAAUCACAAUCAACGAUACCGCAAUUCAACCCGGCUAGCUCCGAAUCCCCCGGCUUAUCUAGCGGAUCGUCGGAUACGCCGGAGUCUCACUCGUCGCAACACACUGUAACGCCUGAAGAUCGUUCUGGUGUUCAUGGUUUCCUGUCGGGAGAAUCUCCUCCCAGUAAAAGGAGAAAACAGCGAGGCAAGAAGGAUAUGGACGAGGGCAUCGAAACAGCCAAGCGAGACCGAUUCUUAGAGAAGAAUCGGGUGGCGGCAACUAAGUGUCGUCAAAAGAAAAAGGAGUGGGUGUCGGACCUAGAAGAGACAAGGUUUGGUUUAGAAAGCCAAAACAACCACCUUCAGAUGGAAUACAGCAGCCUGAGAAACGAGAUAACCCAAAUAAAAUCGCAACUCAUGGAGCAUGCUAGCUGCAACGACCCUAACAUCGACAAGUGGAUUGAGAAUGAGGCAAAGAGAUUUGUAGUGGGAGCAGGCGAACGGUACGACCAGAUGUUGGCUAACUUGGGCCAUGCCCCUGGAUUGGUAAAUCGCCACGAAAGCUUCUCUUCAGCUUCAGGAUACCCAACAGUCCCGGAUUCGGAACUUAUCAGCCCAGUGACUUCAUCACACAGAGGAAGUAUGUCAUUCCCUCCUGGGACCAUGAUGCCGAACUCACCUGUCUUAUGUCGUCCGGACUUAACACCAAGCAUGCCAGAAGCUAUGGCUCCUGUCCCAGCUGAAGAGCCAUUUUCAACAGGUCAUAUGCAUAAUCCAAUGCCAGAAGAUAUUGCCGGGUUUGAUGGCAUAUCAAUGGGAAACGAUGCGUUCCAGAGCUCGGCGAUGCCCGAAUGUUGACAACGAUGCAAGGUUUUAGGGGGGUAAGCUCGCGCUAUGGUACAACAUACGCUGUGCUUGUGUACCGGAAUGUCUAGUGAAGCUCUAAUGUCUGUCACUUAUUUUUAUCGACUUCCGGAACUAGACUCGAUUGGUACGUGCACCAAUGCGUGUCAAUAGGCAACAUCGAAUCUCGCAAGAUCUAGUACAAGGAGUUAUAUGCCUUCGGCGUGAAUGAUUUUCUGGGCCACCGUUAAGUGAGUGUUUCGUAUGCUAGGGGUUAUUUACGGAAUAGGGUGCUUAUAUGCGAAUUUUCGUGGGAGAAACUCGAAUCGUAAUGAAGGGGAUCUUUUUAAGACCUAGUCUCUUGGUGCUCCAGAGAACAAGAGGCAAAAGGUCUUAGGGAGAAGAGGUAGGGGUGGGCUCGUCUAGUAAUGUAUCACGUCGACAUUAAUCGAGUCGGAUGGGGGAAAUAAUGAUGGAAUGAGACCACGAUCGAUUCGAAACGCCUUCAUCGUCACGGGUGCCGGACAGGGCAGGCUGUUCGCAUCUUAGCACUAAUACAUAUUAG